CUAAGAAAACGGUACACAGGGUUAUUCCAUUCCCGGUGGAAAUAAAGUUUUUCUCGUGCUAUCUUUCACUCUUUCUCCUUCUUCCUUAUAAUUUCUUGUUGUUACUAAUUUUUUUCUUUGCCUAGUUCGUUAAAUAUGAAGAUUUUUAUGGUAUUUUUCGGUCUGGUGAUGAUGGUUCACGCACAAUUGAAAUAUCCUCAAUAUAAUCCUGAUUACUAUGGUCGACGGUUUGCAAUUUUACGCCAAAGCCAUGAUCAAGAUUUUGGCGGUUCAUACGCUUUCAGUUACGACACCGAGAAUGGUAUAUCAGUAGCGGAACAAGGACAACCAAAGAAUCUUGGUGCUGCAGGACAGGCGGAAGUAGUUCGAGGACAAUAUAGCUACACAGCGCCUGAUGGGACACCAAUCUUGGUUACCUAUCAAGCUGAUGAAAAUGGUUUCCAAGCGAAUGGCGCCCACUUACCAACUCCGCCACCAAUUCCACCUGCAAUUGAACGAGCCUUGGCAUAUAAUGCAGCCCACCCUGAACAAGAGGAACCAUACAAUAGAAGAUACUAUGGGCAAGGAAAAUAAAUGACGGGGCAACGAAAGUGAUGAAUGAAUGAAUAGAGAGAAAAAAUGAAGAAUAAUAAUAAUAAACUAUACCGCAAAGCCUAAUAUGAGAUACACAGUCCUUUCAAUAUCGGCUUCUAUACAAUAAUGAAUGGACAAAUGAAAAUAUUAUUGAUCGGAUAAAUGACGAUGAGCCAUUUAUUAUUUGCUUAUUUGUUUUUAUUCAUUUGAAUUAACCACAAGACUUGUUCAUUUCUAUAAAUGUGCUUUCAAUAAACUUCAAUUUGUCUUUA